CCGUCGUCCCUCCCGCCCCUUGGCCUCCUGCAUUUCGUAUCCGUUUUCUUUUUCCCUCCGCUUCUUCUUCUUCUUCCUCUUCUCCGCUUUCUUUCACCAACUGCAAUUCGUGUCUCGACUCUCAAGGUGCCGCCUAUUCCUGUAGUCCAGCCUCCGCCUGAUCUUUCUUCCUGGACAGUUGACGUUGUUCGCUAUUGUUUAAGCAAAUAACAAGAUGGGAAACUUCAAUUUAAACGAACCCCCUCCCCCUGCAGAAGAUGCGACUCCUCAACGUGUGAUGCUGUGCAAGGACGGGAAACCGAUAUCACGGGUGAACUGCUAUAACCGGGGCUUCGAUAUGAGAAGGUCUUGGACCAUAAUGAGCAUGCCUUCUAUUAACAAGUUAACACUACCAUCUGACAAAUUUGUUAUGACGUCAGACUUUGAAAAUGGACACCAAGCGAUAGAGUGGACCAAAUUUCUUCAUUUUCUUUUUGAGUACAAGAAGGUUGCUGUUGUGGAGCCAGCUGCUUAUGAUUUCUACAUCCUCCCUCCUCAUGUUCCAGAAACAGAUAAGGUUGAGGUUGCAUAUAGGAAGAGGAAUUCUGCUUUUCAAUUGGAACGUAAAACUUGUGGUAAUCACUUGGAACGUUGUAAACUUGAAGAGGUGCCUGCUUCUAGAAAUCUCCAUUCACACACCAAUAGUAAGUUUAUAUUGCCCAUGAAGGGGCAUGAUGUGGACAACAGCCUAAACAUAACAGCAAGGUUGGUUCAAACUUGUGAUGUUUCCGACACAUCUCUUAGAGAUAGCCUUCUACAUGGUUCUCAUUGCAUUGAGGAUGAUCCUGAGGUUCUGAGUUCAGCUGCUGAAGAGAAGAAUAUUUUGUGCCCAAGUCCUGUAUGUUGUUUGGAGGAAAUAGCUGAAAGUUCUCAUAGGGUUGUCAAAGAAACACAGAUAUCUCCUACAAGAGAGUCUUCUGACAAACAUCAUCAUCAAUCUUCUGCAGUGGAACCAACGCUAAGAGAUUGGAAAUCUCACUUUGUAGCAGAGGAUCCAGAUCAAAUCAAGGCUUCUGAAUACAAAAAGAACAGCUACAUGCAGUUUGCGGUUGAUGGUAAUCUUACGGAAUCAAAUGCUUUCCUGAAGCAAUCACGGCCUUUGCCUGUGCUACAUAUGAGAAAUUAUGGUUCUCAUAGCACGUCUCAGACAGAUUUUUCAAGUCCCACAGUGGAAUAUACAGAGAGGAAUCAAGGAUUUAAUCCAAUAACAAGGCAGCCCAAUAGUUUGUCUCAGUCGUACGUCCGUACCCACCCUAGCUACUUUAAAACACUUGGCCAGAUCCACUCAGGGUGGAUUUUUGGUGCCAUUGCUGAGCUUGUUGACAAUGCCAGGGAUGCUAAUGCAAAAAGAUUGGAAAUUUUCAUUGAAUCCAUGUAUUCAAAGAGGGAAGGCAAGCAUAUUCCUGUCCUGUCAUUUGUUGAUAAUGGUUGUGGCAUGUCACACAAAGAGAUUGUGCGAAUGGUCUCUUUUGGCCACGAACCUCAGAAGAAUGAUGCAAAUCACAUCGGAAGAUAUGGUGUAGGGUUUAAGACUGGAGCAAUGAGACUAGGAAGAAAUGCCCUUGUCAUUAGCCAAGCAUCAAACUCAAGAUCACUAGCCUUGCUCUCACAAGCUUUCAAUGAAGAUAAAAAUGAUUUUGAGAUUCCUAUUGUCAGUUAUGCAAGGCAAGGUAACUUCAUGGACAUAGAUACCAACAUCCAGACAGAAGCAGAAGCCACUGCUCAUUUAAAGUCUAUUAAGGAGUUUUCACCAUUCAAUGAGUAUUUUAUUGGGGAGAAGUCUGCACUUUUUGGGAAGAAUGGGACUGGAACACAAAUAUACAUAUGGGACCUCGAUAAAUGGGGGUCAGACUAUAGUUUAGAGUGGACCUGUGAUGACAUAAUGAUUAGGUCUAAGCGCGUCAGAACACGAGCUGGGCAAAUAAGCAAUGAGGUUCCUCUUGACUUCUCGCUUUGUUCUUAUUUACAAGUUAUCUUCCUAGAACCACGAAUGAAGAUACAAGUCCAAGGAUCACUGGUGAAAAGUCGUCCUUUGGCUAAAUCUUUGAGCAUGACAGUUGUUGUUGAUGAUUUUGUCAUUGGUAAGCCUGUUCGUUUAACACUGGGACGUAGUCAAACAGAAUGGAAGAGGAGGAAUUGUGGAAUUUUUCUAUAUUGGCAUGGCCGCUUGAUUGAGGCAUACAAGAGAGUUGGAGGAAUGAUUCACAGUGCAGACAUGGGAAGGGGUAUUCUUGGAGUUAUUGAUGUCACAAAUAUCAUGAGUUAUGGAGAUGAUAAAACUUAUGUUCUUAGCAACAAACAAGGUUUUGAAGACUGUGAAGCUUAUGCCAAGCUAGAGGAGUGGUUAAGUCACAAGUGUGAUGUGUACUGGGAUACACGCUAUGAUGACCUUGUUUUGGUGAAAGCUAAUGCCACAUAUGAACCUGAUUAUGAGUGGGUCCAAUGCAAUAAAUGUCUGAAAUGGAGACGGCUGGACAGUAAUUUUGAGAGCAAAUCCUUGCCUGAUAGUUGGUUCUGUAAUAUGGAGCCAUACAAUGGUUUAUGCAGUAUGCCCGAGGAGAAGAUUGAACCUGGUGUGGUUACAGUGAGUCAAAAACGUAUUCAUCGGCCACAAGAACUGGGAUUGAUUCCAAUAGGGGAAGGCCAAGCAGAAGGUGAUGAAACAGAAUGUGUGGAGAAUCCUGUUCUGAAAAAACUUAGAAAGGGGCCACGAGCCGGAAGAAAGUGCAAAUAGUUCUCUGGAUUUCUCCAGCAUGCUUCUCUUUCGCUUGCGACAUUUUUUCUGUGAUGCAGGUAACAUUUUGUUGCACGUGAUCAUGUACAGGAUGAUGCUCUUUACAUCCGUGAGAGAUGUCGGGCUCGUUUUGUGCAGUAUACUGAGGUUGCUUUCUGUUUUACUACUUUUUUGUCUCUUGUAAGAGUCCUCUAUAGUGAGUUUUCCUGCUUGGCAGGUGUAUCACGCCUCCAGGACUGUUUUUUUUUUUCAGACUAUGCUUGAGAUGAUCGAAUAAAUCUUCCUUGCACAGGAUACAUUUCUGUGGCUUUCAUGUUGCUUUCAUUUUUUUCUAAAUUUAGAUGUCAGGUGCACAAAUGUAAAUAUUAAAUGUUCGGUAUCAACGUACAACUUUGUUUACUAUUUACAACGUUGCAGUCAUA